UCGAAAUAAAAAUGAUAUGUUUGGAUUUCUUGUUCACUAAUAAUUGCUUAUGACCAAACAAAACUUUUAAGGUACACGUAGCUGAGAAGUUAUUUCUUGACCACCUAUCCUCCUUAAAACACAAAUAGGUUAAUGAAGAAAGUUUCACUCAUAAUUAAUAAUAUUGAAGUUUAAGGAAAAACCCUAUGUUUUAAUGCAAUUGGAUUUGGCUCUGGUAGUUCUAAACUAUUAAAUUUGUCCAAGAUACUAUUGAACAACAUAAGUGUAGUGUCAAUAAAGGGUUUCUUGAUUCUAAGGCGGAUAUUCGAAUUCUGUUUGAAAAGAGUAGUUCAUAUAAAUAAUGAGAUUAUACUUUUAAUUAUAGUGUAUCCACGGGAAAUCUUACCUAAUUCUUCUUUCUGAUUACUCUCAUGACACAUGUACCACAGCCUUGUCACAGCUUGCAUAUUUCUUGCUCGAUUUUUUUCAUGUCGGUCAGUGAAUAUUUGAAAGGGUUUUUUUUUUCUUCAUGUAAACUGGUCAUUUGUAUGACCAGUAUUCUUGAUGUAUUCAGUCUUAAGCAUGGGAGAAAUUACUACAUGUAUAAUGUAUGCGUGUAUGCUAGGAUAUGCUUGGUCGGACACAUACACGGGCAUAGUCUUUCCGUCAUAUGACGGCCACAAACCAAACACCACUAUCCUGGUAGAUUCAUCCGAUACUGAAAUCUCAACAAUCCUUAUAGGGAACAAAUCUACAGAAAAACAAGGUGCUUUCAAUAUCAGUCUAACAGAUGAAUUUUCAAAUUUACCAGGACGAUUUCAGAUAAAAGCGUCUAGGAAUGCUAGCAUAAUCAUGGAAACAGAGGAUCAGAAUUACUUUUAUCAGACAAAACUGAAAAACACAGAGAACUUAGGAAACGAGUACAUGCUGAUAUCAAACAGCAAGGCCAAUUGUUUCAUUUCGCCAAUUCUGGAAAAUAAUGCAGACAUUGAUAUAAUAGUACCAAGUGAUUUGCAAAACAAAAUAAUAAUAAAUGGUUCUCAAAGCAUAAACUCGCCCUACAAGUUGCUUAAAGAAGCAUUCAUUCAGAUCGAAAGCGAGGCAAGAUUACAUCACAUGAUGAUCAAUUCGAACAACGAUCUAAUUGUGUUUUGCAGAGACUCGUCUGUAUUUCAGCUACUACCUCUGAGGUUUUGUGGUAAAUAUUUCGAGAUAUCAUGUGAAAGUGUGAAUGUUAAUGGUGCCCUUUGUAAUGUAAGUAUCCACACAGUGAAAAUGAAAAGUCAAUUGAUCUCCAUAAACGGAUUCAACUACACCGUGUUCGAUAUUUGGACCGUUUCCUUGAAGAGCGAUAUGCAAAUAACAGUCCAUGCUGAAUUUGACAUUUGUGUUUUAUUCACAGAGCAGUUCGGAAAUGGUCCAGUGGGUAAAGUUGUUAGAACGACGAUGCUAAGUUCAUUACCGAAGCAACCAAAAUUCGAUGUCACAUCACCUGUUUUUACUUUGUCAUACUUCAACUUCCAAAGAUUACCUCAAACAAAGAAUACAGAUGGUAUAUCAGUAAAUGGAAAACUAGAAUCGCUUUUCACUGGCAUUAGAAAAUGGACGACGGUGAUAAGAAAGAAGUCAGUCCCUUUGUCCUCAUUCACACUGAAUACAACCCUCCUGUCUGACACACCAAAAUUUACCACUUCUUCUCGAGUUUCAUCGUAUCCAAACAUAUGCAUCUAUACCUGUACUGAAUUUAAUGGAACCUUUAAUGCUUCCUUCCGGUCAAGUACAAGUCCAACAGAGGAAUUAACAUCGCGCCUAAAAGUCAACUUAUCACAGUUGUCUUCCGUGACGAGACGGAAGUCUUGCGCCAUUGACAACAGAACUUCAGCACAACAAAUUGGUUACGUUGGAGCAGUCGCAAUAAUAUUUACCCUGGGAUCCAUCAUAUUACUGGAUGUAAUAGAUCUUUAUCAUAAAUUUUGUCACAAAUUGAAGAAAAGCACAUUUACGCACACGCGAUUAAAAAAACGACGGGCAUUGAAUAGAGACAUAAAAUUUACUUAAUUACAUGUAUACAUUGAAAUGUAUUUAAUAAUAAACAUGUGAUAAAUAAAUAUAACUUAAACAUUAUCAAGUAGUUAUAAUAAAGGAUAUACUGAAUGUAUAUUACUACUAAAGUAUAACAUUAUAAAUAUAAAUAUAUUGUUUCAUCAGAAAAUGUAUCUCAAAUGUGUUGAGCAAAAAAGUUGUCCUUGAUGGCUCUACUUCUUCACUAUAUGUAACAACUAGUUCGAUUCAACCCCCCCCCCCUCCCCCGGAUCAGUACUAGGACCAUUUCUAUUUUUAUCAAACAUUAAUGAUAUUAUAUACAUGUGUAAGUAAGAUAACACUCUCACGAACUAAAAAUAGCCAUUAGGGGAACAGACACACAUGAGACAUAUACAGUCAGGUACAUCCCUUAUUGCUCACACGCUCGUGUUUUUGUUCUCUUUUGUUUGUACUUGUUUAUUGUAUAAAGGACCAAUGUAUGAUUUGCUAAAAAUUAUAACCUUUCCAUCUUAAACAAAACAAUAGUUAUGAAGGUGUUGACUCUCUUCCCAUUUUUCUAUGGCUGACGAAAUCAAGUGAUAGAUUUAUAUUUAAAACAAGGCAUUACGUAGGAAAAUUAAUAUUUUUCCAUCAGUUUGAAUCUAUUAUCUUUGUUACGUGAUCGAAUUCAUUAUUGUUUUUCAAACAUAAAGGUUAAAAAAAAACUUUUAUUAGUAAACAAAUACAUCCGU